AUGACUCCAAAAAUCUCAUCUCUUUUCGGCUACAAACCCGAUGGCCCCGGAGCAAAGGAAGAAUCUACCAAAGGUCUUCCAGCUCCCUGGUACCAUUCGCCAGAGAUGUAUGAGUUGGAGAGAAGGGCCAUUUUCUCCAAGAAAUGGAUUUUAAUUACUCACAACUUGCGGUUCGAAAAACCGGGAGACUUCUAUCGGUUCGAGAUGGCUGGAUUUUCAUUUGUGCUUUGUCUUGACAGGGAGGGUAACUUGAACGGCUUCCACAACAUAUGCCGGCAUCGUGCAUUUCCCCUUAUCUCCCAAGAUGAGGGUAAUACCCCGAUCCUUUCUUGCAAGUAUCACGGAUGGUCAUAUGGACUCAAUGGAAAAUUGGCCAAAGCGCCCAAAUUUGACGUGCCAGGAUUCAAGAAAGAGGAGCAAAGCCUAUUCCCAGUUCAUAUUCAUGUUGACGCGAUAGGUUUUAUUUGGGUCAAUCUCGACUUCUCCCCAACACCGAUCCCAUGGGACGAAGAUUUCAAAGGUGUCGAUAAACAAGAAAGGUUCGAACAAUUUGAUUUCACCCGGUAUAAAUUUGACCAUACCUGGCAUAUGGAGGGGAAUUACAAUUGGAAAACCUUGGCCGACAACUACAAUGAAUGUUAUCAUUGCACUGUCGCCCACCCGGACGUGGCAAAACUCGCCGAUCUGUCAUACUACUACACAGUCUCAAAACCUGGACAUAUCCAACAUUUCUCCCGUCCAAAGAAAGACAAAGUGAAAGACGAUAUCAAUAAUGCCAGCACGUAUUAUUUUCCAAAUGCUUGCAUGACGGUCUCACCGCACUUUUUCUAUCUGAUGCGAUGCGUUCCAACGUCAGCGAAGACUUGCUCUAUGGAAUAUGAGGUUUAUCGACACAAGGAAGCCUCCGAUGAAGCCUUUAACUACAUUGACUCAUUUUUCAAGCGAGUUUUAAAAGAAGACAAACACCUUUGCAAUGCAGUUCAAAAGAAUAUAGAUGCUGGGGUAUUUGUCAAUGGACAACUUCACCCAAGCCUCGAGAGCGCUCCGUUGUUCUUCCAAAACACCGUGAGAAGCCUGCUCAGGAAGCACCGAGAAGAGGAAAAACGCGAGAAAAAGGAACUCUGGCCAGCUCGCCAAAGCUCCAUGGGCUCAGCCACUGCGGAGGAUAUUGAGUUUUGCGCGGAACUAGCAUGUAAUGGGCUAUCGAGUAAUCUUGAAUGGUAG